UGAUAAUAAAACAGUUCUGAUACUUUUUAAUUCGGAGAAAAUAGUCAUAGGCUAAGCCCAAAGUAGUUUAAGAUCUCGAACCUGGAAUAAAAUCUUUUAUAAAAAUUUAGAUAUGAGAUUUGAUCUGUUAAUAGUGUUUUGAAAUGUUUGAAAUUCGAAUGAUCCUCCGGCCUGAUAUGCGUUUAAAAUUCUUUUGUUAGAUAAGAAGAGGAGCAAGUGGUUCUUGUUAAGCUUUAAGGAAACACAAGGAACACUACUAAAGUUUUUCAAUCUUUUUUUUGUUUGUUUUAUACUGUUUAGGUUAUCUGUUAGUUUUGUGUUGUCUUAAUUCUUUAUAUCCAAUAUAUACAUUAAUUGGUUCCGUUUACAUAUCUUAACCCUUAUGUUUUUAUUGCCAUAAUUAAACCUUUAAGGGAAAAUUUGGCAGUCUGUAGAAUAAAAUUUACAACGGGCGUACAAAUUAAAUCAAGAUUUUACUGGAACUCAAAUCUUUAGUUCAAUACAAGAAUACAAUAAUUGGUGGCUGAUCAAUUUAUGACAUAGAAUAGUCAUCAAAUUUGCACAAUAACAUGUGUUGAGAGCUUUUAGGGUUCGAUCCCACAUCGGCUUAUCCCAUCCAUGAAAUUCAAGAAUCCAAAUCAUAGAUAGUGAAAUAGUGAAAGAAAGGUACAUAUGCAACUAAGCAAAGUAAACAUGCAACCAAGCAAACUAAACAACCAAGGUCUAGUAUUAGAUUUUAUUUAUGAGUUAAACUCAUUCACAAUUUUGAAUCAUACCUAGAAAUUUAAGAAAAGUUGAGAAAUUAGGCCGGGAGAAAACAAUUUUGUCAUCGAAGAAAAAAGGUUUCUAAAGUAAAUAAUUGGAGAGAAUAUGAACUUAUACUAUAAACCAUCUUUCAACAAGCCAAAAAAAGUUAUGCAAAAGCAUCAACACAUAGCCGAGUUUUAAUUCUCAUUACUGUAGUUACUAGGAUAAAUUACUAUAGUAAACCCUAAAAUAAUUAAUGUUUGAAUGGAUCUAAACAUCUUAGCCAUAUGAAAGUAUGAAACGUCAACUAAGCAUAAGAGAUCCAAACGGUAUAUUUGUCCAAGCUUGGGGAACAGAGAGUAUUUGUAGCUAAGAGCUCCUUUAACUACCAAACUAUGGCUCUCCUCAACUCAAACCGAUCCUCUUUUCAAAAGGCUUCUCUCUCUCUCAUCUCUAAUUUAUUUUUGCUAGUUCUUUUGACUUUCUUGAUGUCAAUGGGGUCCAUUAGUUGAGAAAGUUACAAACGGAUGAAUGAUGAUCAUGAUGAUGGUGAACAUGCAUGUCAUGAGAGUACCCAAAGUCGGCAAGUCCCAUGAACUAGGUCACGUAUCGACACACUUUUCCACAUUCAAUGUUUCUUUUUUUUUUGCAGCCGAAUAAUUCCUUGCGUGAGCAGUCUAUACCAUUAGCUUUCACUUUGAUUUAACUUGCAUUAUUGUACAAAUAAUUCCAAGUGUUUGUUAGAUACAGUUACAACCGGUUAUGUGCUCUGUAUCUUUGCAGGGAAUGUUUUAAAAUACAUUGUCAAACAUAUAACGGAUAAAAAGAACAUUAGGACAAAUACCAAUCACACGUAUUGACAUUAUGUUCUACCGGUCAAAUUCCAUUUAAUAGAUUCAUAACAAUAUAUUAAGCUGAUUACGGAUGGUGACACGGCCAUCACAUUAAUAUAACGCACUAUAUCAUAUAUUCUAAGAAAUAUGCAAUUCGUUACGAUAUUAAAUCAAUGGUUUGAUUGGUUCAUGCGUAAAAAAAUCGUGUUCGUAUUUGUGAGAUAGAUGUCACUGCCACUUACAGAUAUAUCAGACUAUAUAUUUACAACAAAGUUUCUCUGCUUUUGUUUGCUGUUAUAAAUGUAAAGAUCAAAGAAAAUGCAAAUACUGGUUAAGAUGUAUCAGACGUUGACCAAAAGCCUUGUUAUGUUUAGUUAGCCCUUGCAUGAAAACAUGUACACACAACAAGUGAGAGUUAAAAUAGAUUUUGGCAUAAGAUAAGAUUUUUUUUUUCGGGGCUAUAUUGUCUUGCGGAGCAUCCAAAUUAACCAGGAAUGUUUUUUCAAUAUACAGUAUGUGAUAUUGUAGUGCUAAGGGGCACGUUAAUUAUGCUUACGAGUAAAGUAAGUAAUACGAUUAUCCCUUUUUAAUAUUUACAGAUAUUGUAAUCAAAUAUUUGUACGCUAGUCAAUUUAUAUUCGAAUCUUAAGAUCUCUGAUAUCUUACAUAAUUUCUGGAACAUUUUCCUUUAUUGCUAGCUUCCUGUAGAUCGCACAACCGAGUGAUAUAUUCAUAUUAUGUCCAGAUCUUAUUUAGCCAACGGUAGCAAAAUCUAGCAUAACCGAGUUCUUUUCAAUAAUGUAAAUCAAAUAUUGUGUAAUGUAGGUCUAAUUAUUUUCUACCAUGCAUGCAUCAUUGUUACGCCACCGGCUAUAUACACAUAUUUGUGUACUCAACAAGAUUUAGUAUCUUGCUUGCUUAUAAGACGGCUAGUUACUGAUUAUCGAUGGAUAGUAUUGCCCAUCUUUUUAUUGACUGGCGAUCAAUCUGUUUACUAAUUAAUUUCUAUAGCUAAUUAAAACUUUGGCUUAUAUUUUUAUUGAUUUUUUUCUCGAUUAGUCGGUCCAUUUCACUCAUAUAUAUUCCCAAAAAUAUGGGGUAAUUAUAAAAUUAAUUAAAUAGCAUCGUGAUCACGAAAAAAAAUAACGAAUAUAUAACUAAAUUGUAAAAAUGGUUUCAUAUAUCGUCAAAGGUUUUUUUGGGCUCAAAAUUGAUAUAUCGUCAAAGUUGGGAAGUGUUUAGUAGUGUAUAUAAAUAAGCAUAUAAGAGAGUGAGUAGAUAACAUACCUCCCAACACAAACAAUUUCAAAAUCUUUCUGAAAGCAAACUUCUCUCGUCUCUCUCCUUUCUCCUUUGAACACAUUUCCCUUAGCUACAAAGGACUAACCCUUUGACAUUUAAAAAAAAACAAGUACACGACAUAAAAUUCCAAAGAGCAGUCAAUGGACAAGAAAAAGUCAGUAUCUGGUUCCUCUUCUUCAUCUUUCGAUCAUCUUUUUGGUCCAAGAAACUCUUCCUCGUCUUCUUCAUCAACAACAGGAUUGUUCCAAUCCAUUUUCCCACCACCUGCAACGGGGGCUCAAGCAGACUUGGCAAAUCGAAAUGGAGCUGCCAAAUAUGAGCAUCCGAAUUUUGGGAUUUCAUAUGAAAGAGGAGAAAUGAGGAAAAAUAAGGAGAAAAAGAAUUACCAAAAUGAAGAAACACAACCACCAUGCAACUUGAGCUCAUCCAUUUACUAUGGGGGCCAAGAAAACUAUCCUUCUUCAACACCACCACAAUCAACAAACAAUCCAGAUGCUGUAAGUGUUUCUUUAACUACCAAUAUCAUUGUGUUAAGUAUCGGUAAAGUUAAGACUAGUACUCGGAUUAGGUUUCCAUCUUAUGCAAGCAAAGCAAUCUAACUCGAACACUUCACAACUGUGGAGACAUAAUUGGAUACUUGAGCUCAUAUAAACACGUAUAACUACAUUGAUAGUCUAUAAUGUGUACUUUUAAUACUCUAAACUCGCUAACUCUGAAUUAUCCAGUAUAAGAAAAAUGGAAAGGAAGGCGAUUCUGAAAGUGCUUCAAGAGGAAACUGGUGGGAAGGUAAGAUUACAAACAUUUUGUCUAUAUAAUUAAAGAUCAACUCCAUUUUUUUCAUUAAUAUUUUUGCAUAUUUAUCAUUAUAAACGACUCACCCAUAUAGAUAAUCAAAAUAUGCAGGCUCAGUUUAUUACUAGUUAUCAAUUCUACCCGAUGCUGCACUCUAUAAAAAGGUACACGACUAUAUAUUGAAUGUCUCAUGAAUAUUACAUAGUUGUAUAACCUAAUGUCUUAUUCUUUUCAAAAUAAAAUAACUAUUAGUGAACUAAUCGUAGUGGAUAAAAAAGUAUUCAACGAUUUAUUUUUCUUAAAAAAUUUAUUUAUCUAAAUAUAAUCAAUGAUUACAUUUAUAAUUUGAGAAAGUUAAUACCUCAUCCUCCCGAGUUUUUUCACUAGUGCUAUUAAGCUAUAUUUAAUACAGUUUUCGUUAUCAUUUUGCAGGAACCCUAAUAAGGUGAAUAUGGAAAUUGACGUGUUGAAAUACCUAACCUAGAAAAGAAUAUUCAUAUAUAUAAGAAGUAAUGUAAAAGUAUAUUAUAUGUCUUAUUAUAAAAAAGAGAUAAAAUAAUAUAUCGUAUAAUAUAUUAUAAGAUGAAAUUAACGUCUAUUGACUUAUAUAAUAUCAAGGGAAUAGACUCGUUCUUGUUGAUUCUAUAUGUUUCGACGAAGGCAACAAGUUAGACAAGUCUCUUUUUACUGAAAUCAACGCCUAUCGAAAGUCUUUUUAUUGUACUCCCUCCGUUUUAUAAUGUAAGUAGUUUUGGCUAAAAGCACAAAGAUUAAGAAAAUUAUUAUGUUUUAAAAAGUAUUGUAUAUUAAAUAGGUUAGAUAUAACUUAACCAAUCAAAAAUAAGUUUAUUUAAUUUGAUUGGUCACACUAUACUCAAUAAAUGUAAAAGUUACCUAGAAAUAUGAAAACUACUUACAUUUUGAAACAAAAAAAUUUACCUAAAACUACUUACAAUAUGAAACAGAGGGAGUAUUUGAUAUGUAAUCCAAUAUAUCAUCAGGUUCUUCGAAUGGGAUUGUAUUAUAUCAUACUACUAUACUAGUAAUCAAACAUCUGCUGUUAAGUAUAAUCAAAAGCUGUUUCUUCAUUUUAUUUAUGUGAUAAAACUUUAUGCCAAAAACAACAACAACAAAAUAACAAAAUGAACUCAGUGUGUUAAAAACUUAAAAUCGUUAAGAUUCGACGAGGUCUAAGUAGUUGAUGGAUGAGAGAACAAAUGAAGCGCGGGACGAGAGUGAACACAGCCCAAUGUCUAUAUUGUGGGCCUGUGACGAAGAAAAAAAAAAUGGAAACCGCAUGGAAAAAAAAAAGGCAAAAAAGAGCGCCGUUGCCGGGGAUCGAACCCGGGUCACCCGCGUGACAGGCGGGAAUACUUACCACUAUACUACAACGACUCUUGUUUGUUAGUGAACAAUUUGGUCUUGAUUAAGGAUGAUACGAAAAGAAAACUUGAUAUUUUGCUUGAGCUACGUUUGCAAUACAACACUAU